CUGUUCAGUGAGGGGUCCUGGGAGUGGGGUUCAGAGCAGGCAGCGUCCAGUCUGGCAGGAAGAGUUGUGUGUUCUCGGAGACGUGCCUGGAGUGGCCAAACCAUGCUGAGUGUGGGGGAGAGAACCCCAACGCUGCUCCCAAGAUGAAGGUGGAGAGGCAGGCUUCCUCCAAAGAGGCAGGAGUUUUUUCACUUUUCCAGAAACUGUGCAUCCUCAACUUUUUCCUGGCAGUCGUUAAUGGAGUGAACAUCACCUGCCCAUCCUCUAUCAUAAGAGGCACCCUAGGCGGCUCAGCCAUGCUCUCCGUCAGCUACACCAGCACCAGCUCAGACAGGCCCGUCAUCAAGUGGCAGCUGAAGAGGGACAAACCCAUCACUGUGGUGCAGUCUAUCGGCACUGACAUCAUUGGGAACUUGCGGAGCGAGUACCGUGGCCGCAUCAUGCUCUUCGACAACGGAUCACUGCUGCUCAACUACCUGCAGCUGUCAGAUGAGGGCGCCUACGAAGUGGAGAUCUCUAUCACUGAUGACACCUUUACCGGAGAGAAACACAUGAACCUCACUGUAGAUGUUCCUUUGUCCAGGCCAUUCGUGCACAUGGUGGCUUCCUCUGUGCUGGAGCUUACUGAGCACUUUACAUUGAACUGCACUCAUGAAAGAGGCACAAAGCCUAUUUAUGGCUGGCUGAAGGGUGGGAAACCGCUGAUCAAUGACUCACGUCUGCUACUGUCACAUGACCAGAAAGUUCUGACUAUCUCCAGAGUGGUGAUGUCAGACGAUGAUAUCUACACCUGCAUUGUGGAGAACCCCAUCAGCAACAUGAAGAGCAUGCCUGUCAGACUCACAGUCUACAGACGAAGUUCUCUCUAUAUCAUCCUUUCAACUGGUGGAAUUUUCUUGCUCAUAACCCUGGUGACGGUGUGUGCCUGCUGGAAGCCCUCCAAAAAAAAAAGGCAACAGUCUGUCAUGCAGAACAGACAAAAUGUAGAGCAGAGCAAUGGCAAUCAUGAAGUUGCAGUUGAUAUUGUGCCAGGAAGGAGCUACCAUACUCGUAAAGGCCCAGGUGGCUUAUAUGUUCUGAAGGAAACAGACUUUUCAGAAGAACAAGACGAGGAGCCGUGUAACUACAUCCACCCUUUGGAUCCACAAAGUCCACCUUGCUAUCCCAGCACAUUCUCCUCUCCAGAUGCAUAUACCUACUCAGGAAGAAGAUACCCUCGCACCCCUGUUCCCUCUCCUCCCACAACCCCGUCUGCCACCAUGGCCACCGCAUCUUCACAACAUAUGCGAAGCUUAACGCGAAAGCCCCACCCUUCGGCUGCAAGCCCCACCCCCUCAAACACAGAGGAGCAGUCGACUGUACACGAGACUAGCAUUCACAGCCGCAUUUAACCACCGAAUCAAAGCACAUAGUUAGAGACAGAAAUAGAGAGAGAGAGAGAGAGAGAGAGAGAGAGAGAGAGAGAGAGAGAGAGAGAGAUGAUAUGUCUGAAUGUGCAUGUUAAUGGGUAGCGGGCUUGGAAAACACACUGUGGCAUUUCUGAAAACUACAGACUUUUCUGGGCUGAAAUACUGUACAUUUCCCGUUGGUAUGUGUCUCUACCAAAAGUGGAGUUUUAACCUUUUAAAUAUGGCUACUCCUCAAAAGUGAAAACAAAGAAAAUCACAUUUAAUUAUUCUAAUCUGACUCCAAGCAGACAUUUUGACAGUCAGUAUCUGAAUUUAUUAGGCUUACACUUAAGUCACUAUAGUAUGUAACUAUCCAACAACUUGAUAAAAGUGGGACAGUCACUACGAAUCAUAUUCAGAGUUGAGUUUUGCACACAUGCUGUAGUAAGGAUUUGUUUAAUAAUGCCUUUGGAUAACGGAUUUCAGUAAUGCAGACUUAAACCCAUUUUUCUUGCAUGACAUGGAGUAGUACAAAGAGGAGUAAAUCCAGCACCACUGUCCACCAUUUGAUAUAAUUAUAGUCAUGUUGUGUUGGAAUGUACACUACCGGUCAAAAGUUUGGAGACACUUGACUGAAAUGUUUCUCAUGAUCUUAAAAACCUUUUGAUCUGAAGGUGUAUGAUUAAAUGUAUGAAAUCGGUGUACAAAGAUAUAAUCAUGCCGACAUAUUCAUUUCUUUCAUUAGAAAACUAACAUUUUAUUUACAAAAAAAGAUUUAUCUUUAAAUGGAUGACUUGGAGUGAAAUAUUCUGAAAAGCAGCCAAUAAGAGUCCAGCGUAGGUGGGAACUCUUUUAAUACUGUUUAAAAAGCAUCUCAGGGUGAUUGGUAGAAAUCGGUUGAGAAAAUGCCAAGAAUACAUUUCUGUAAAUUGUAGGCGAAAAGGGGGUCUACUUUGAAGACGCUAAGAUCAAUUAUUUUAAUUAUUUUGGAUUUUUUAUCACACCAUAAUUCCCAUAGUUCCAUUUGUGUUACUCCAGAGUUUUGAUGACUUUAUUAUUAUUAUAAAAUGUGGGGGGAAAAUAAUAAAAAUAAAGAAUGAGCGUUUCUAAACUUUUGACCAGUAGCGUAUGUCUUGCGCUGUAAAUACACUCAAAAAACUAUGGAAUGCCAUUUGAGACCAAUAUUAAAUGCAUAAAUAUGACACUAUUAAUUAAUUAAUGAUGUCAUCCCAUUACAAUCUUUUAAAACUUUUUUUUUACAUGGAGGAGAAUGCAGUACAAAGCAUCUUUAAUUAAAAAACACUACCCUCUCUUGGACAAGUCUACUACUUGAUAAAUCUGGCAACCUUGGAGCUGUGAACUACUCUAUAUGGACACAUGGCCCUCAGACCCAUAUGUGCUUUUUGAAGAUCUUGUUCCAGAUUUAGUCCCCACUUUGCUGUUAUAAUAACCUCCACAGUUCUUGAAGGCCUUCCACAAGAUUUUGAAGGGUUGAGGAAAGGUUUCUAUGCUGGUCACUCAAGUUCUUCCACUCCAUUCUUGACAAACCAUGUGUUCAUGGAGCUUGCUUUGCCCAGGCACCUUUGUUAUGCUGAAAGGUUUGGGCUCCUUUCCAGUGAAGGGAAAUUUAAUGCUACAGAAUACAGAUAUUCUGUACAACUGUGUGCUUCCAACUUUGUGGCAACAGUUUGAAGAGGGUCCACAUAUUGGUGUGAUGCUCAGGUGCCCACAUACAUUUGGCCAUAUAGUGUAUGAGCAAAUGAUUUGUAUAACCUGAAUGCCACACCCAGAAAAAGCAUCUGUGUAAACUGUCUCAGAAAAAUGUACAACGUCUCCCUUAUAAAUAUCUACUCGCCAAAUUUUGGAUACAGCCCUGUGUGAGGAUAUCAUACUUAGCUAAUAAGGUUAGGCAGACUGACUGUUUUUAUAGCUGUGUUUGUAAAAUUAGCUCCUUGCCAAUGUGAUGAAAAUUUUUUUAAUGCUGACACAAAACGCAAUUUUGCAAGAAUUCAGCCACAGAUUUUCCCAGGCCGCCACACAUAGUGUAUAUCACUGGGAAUAUAAGGAAAUAAAUGUCUCACUGAAAUCAAACAUAUCAUAUUACAUAUGGAAGUACCAGAUAAAAGUGGGAGUUAUGUUGUGAAUUGGCUUCUGGUUCAUUUAUUGUUAUGUUUCUAAUUGUUUAAGAGCAUGUUAUUUGGAGCACAUUCACUUUUCAAUUUUUAAAGCAAUAUCAGACACCUAACAUAGCAAUAAACAUUGAAUAGUGGAAUGGACAGUCGUUAAAUAAAUAAACGUUUGUGAUAUUUUA